AUGGUUGCCACUGUAUAUCGUUAUGUAUCGAACUGCCGACGACUAGCCAAAGAAUCCCCGAUCGAAGCUUUACCGACAAAUGAAGAUGAGUCAAAAAAAUCUAAGAUUCCGUACAUUGUUUCUCCACUUCGGCAGGAAGAAUACAUGUUAGCAGAGAACUGUUUAUGGCGAAUCGCUCAAAAUGAAGAAUACGGAGAUGAAAUCGUUAUUUUGACUCGGAAUCAGAAGUUGCCUAAGGAACGUAAGAUACCACUUGAACGAUCAAGCGCUUUGUACGAUAAAUCGCCAUUUUUGGACGAGUAUGGAGUAAUACGUAUGGAAGGCAGAACCGAAGCAGCAGAGUACAUGACGUAUGACUCAAAAUUCCCAAUAAUUCUUCCUAAAAAACAUCUAGUUACCAAGAAAUUAGUCGAAUACUUUCAUCAACAAUCCGCCCACGGAAGCCGAGAAAUGGUAGUGAACGAAAUACGACAGCGUUUUUAUAUAGGAAAUGUGAGAUCCUUGGUAGAAAAGGUUUCCCGCGAAUGCUUGUGGUGUAAGAUACAGAAAGCUAAACCUAGUAUACCCCGAAUGGCCCCUUUACCAAGACAGCGUAUGGCAGCAGGAGCUGAACCAUUUUCCUUUGUUGGAAUUGAUUAUUUUGGACCUUUGGACGUUGCGGUUGGCAGAAGGCGCGAGAAACGUUGGGUUGCUUUGUUCACCUGUAUGACCACGCGGGCAGUACAUUUGGAGGUUGCACACAACUUGACAACAGAGUCUUGCAAAAUGGCGAUUCGAAGAUUUGUUAAGAGGAGACGUAGCCCUGUUGAGAUAUUUUCUGAUAAUGGCACAAAUUUUGUGGGAGCUAGCAGAGAAUUGAAUGCAGAAAUCAAGAAAAUUCAUACUAACUGUGCGGACACGUUCACAAACGCAAGAACCCGUUGGUCGUUCAACCCACCGUCAGCCCCUCACAUGGGAGGUGUAUGGGAGCGCAUGGUUCGCUCGGUGAAAGAAGCUCUAAAUGCGUUACAAGACGGUGGUCGAUUGACAGACGAAAUUCUGUUGACAACACUAGUUGAAGCUGAAGAUUUAAUAAACUCAAGGCCAUUAACUUAUGUGUCUACAAACUGUAAAGAUGAUCCGGCAGCUUUGACUCCAAAUCAUUUUCUGAAAGGAGUCUCGGCGGAAUGCUUGCCACCUCGGAAUCCUGUAGAAACAGCAGCAGCACUAAGAAGCAAAUACAGCCGAGCUCAACAGCUCGCAGAUAAGAUGUGGGAACGAUGGUGUCGUGAAUAUUUUCCGGGACUGAACAAACGACCAAAAUGGUUCAACGACAGUCGUCAAAUCAAACCUGGGGAUUUAGUUUUCGUCAUGGAAGACAAUCAGCUUAUACGAGGUUUAGUUACCAAGGUGUUUAAAGGAACUGAUGGUCGGGUGAGAUCAGCAGCGGUGAAAACUGACAAAGGAGAACGAAAGAGACCAGUUGCAAAGUUGGCAGUGCUUGAGAUUAUUGAAGAGUAA